AUGCCAAAACAUUACUGCGACUAUUGUGAUGUCUUUCUGACUCACGAUUCUACUUCUGUACGAAAAGCCCAUAACAGCGGAAGAAAUCAUCUCUCAAACGUCAGGGAUUAUUAUGCAUCGCUGGGUCACGAUCAAGCCCAGAGCAUCAUUGACCAGAUUACAUCGGCAUAUGAGACAGGUGGCCCGCCUCCAGGAGGGUUCGGCUUUGGGCCUCAGCAUUUAGGCGGCCCACCUCCUGGAUACGGUGGCCCCCCAAUGGGUUUUGGUGGGCCCAUGCCCCCACCUGGGUUCGGUGGACCGCGACCUCCCUUUCCUCCUGGUCCAGGAUUCCCCCCGAUGAUGCCUCCCGGCGCCCCUCCUUUCCCCCCAAAUGGCAUGGGACCUCCAGGAGGGUUCAUGAACGGUCCCCCUCCCUUUCCUCCUGGCGGUGGACCUCCAGCUGGCAUGCCUCCAUUCCCGCCUGGUGGGCCAGGCGGUGUCCCCCCACUUGGUUUCAACGCUCCACCACCUCCCUCACAAGGGGGCCCUCCUGAUUCCGAUCCUAAUGGACCUGCAGCUCAAGGUGUUCCUCCAACAAUUCAUCCUGACCGAUUGCGAAUGAUGUCGGGGGCCAGAUAA